CGUUUAUUGGCAGUUGGCUGGUGCAGCGUGGAGAGAAGUCUUGCUUGUCGGUUCACUUUACUGGGGUCUAAUUAUCAGUCACUCGACAUCUGACUAAAAGAGGGAUCUGGCAGUAUGGCGCUGAAUCUAACCAUCAACUCAAGCAACCCGCCUUUAGGGGCGCUUCUGGCUGCAGAGCACGUGAAGGGCACCGUGCAGGUGUCGGUGGAGGAAGGCAAAGACAACAGGCUACACAUCUCAGAUUCAGUCCAAUUUAACGAUGCCAACUCCAUCAGCCGAUACCUGGCCCGGGUGGCUCCUGCUCUCGGUCUUUAUGGAGCCAACAUGAUGGAGCAGACUGAGGUGGACCACUGGCUGGAGUUCAGCGCUCGACAUGUGUGUGAUCAGCCCACUCUGACUGCAGCACUGGGUGAGCUGGACAAGGCCCUCUCCCUGCGGACCUUUCUGGUUGGACGUGCCCUCACCCUAGCUGAUCUGUCUGUUUGGGCUGCCCUCAAAGGUCAUAGUGAUUGGCCAAGCCAGAGUAAGUCUUUCCUCCAUGUCAGCCGCUGGUUCUAUUUCUUGAGCUCACAGGUUCCCUUUUCUGCUGUGGGCAACAAAUACACCAGUAAGAAAACUCCAAUGACCAAAUCAAAUUCAGAUGAGAAGAAGCAGGAUGUUGGGAAGUUUGUGGAUUUGCCAGGAGCUGAGGUGGGCAAGGUGGUGGUUCGAUUCCCUCCUGAAGCCAGCGGGUACCUGCACAUUGGUCAUGCCAAGGCUGCCCUCCUCAACCAGCAUUACCAGGUCACCUUCAAAGGCAAGCUCAUCAUGCGUUUUGAUGACACCAACCCUGAGAAGGAGAAGGAGGAUUUUGAGAAGGUGAUCCUGGAAGAUGUUGCCAUGCUCCAGAUCCAACCUGACCAGCUCACCUACACCAGUGAUCAUUUUCCAACCAUCAUGAAAAUGGGAGAGCAGCUGCUUGCAGAAGGCAAAGCCUACAUAGAUAACACCCCCCCUGAGCAGAUGAAGCAGGAGAGGGAGCAACGUGUGGAGUCCAAAUGCAGAAGCAAUACUGUGGAGCAGAACAUGAAGAUGUGGGCGGAUAUGAAAGCCGGGACAGAGUAUGGUCAGACGUGCUGCAUGAGAGCCAAGAUUGACAUGAACUCCAACAAUGGCUGCUUGAGAGACCCCACCCUCUACCGCUGCAAGAACGCCCCCCACCCCCGCACCGGAAACACCUACAAAGUCUAUCCAACAUACGACUUUGCCUGCCCAAUCGUGGACAGUUUAGAGGGUGUGACCCACGCUCUAAGGACCACGGAGUACCACGACCGAGACGAGCAGUUUUACUGGAUAAUUGAUACUCUGCGCCUCAGGAAGCCCUACAUCUGGGAGUACGCCAGACUCAACCUUAACAACACGGUGCUGUCAAAGAGAAAGCUAACCUGGUUUGUCGAUCAGGGAUACGUCGAUGGAUGGGAUGAUCCCCGUUUCCCGACUGUCAGAGGAGUCCUGCGGAGAGGAAUGACUGUGGAGGGUCUGAAGCAGUUCAUAGCAGCUCAGGGUGGAUCUAGGUCAGUGGUAAACAUGGAGUGGGACAAGAUCUGGUCCUUUAAUAAGAAGCUGCCAGUCAGCUGUCUGAAGGUUAUUGACCCAGUUGCUCCCAGAUACACAGCUCUGUCCAGCUCAUAUGUGGUUCCUGUAUUUGUCCCAGAGGCGACAGAGGAGAUGAAGGAAGUGGCCAAACAUCCUAAGAAUGCUGAUGUGGGGAUGAAGGAGGUUUGGUAUGGACCUCGAGUUAUGAUUGAAGGAGCCGAUGCGGAGACGUUCACAGAGGGAGAAGUGGUCACCUUCAUCAACUGGGGUAACCUCAUCAUCACCAAGAUCAACAAAGCCGCCGAUGGCAAGGUCCUGUCCAUAGAGGCUCGUCUAAACCUGGACAACAAAGAUUACAAGAAGACAACAAAGAUCACGUGGCUGGCUGACACCAACGGUGCCCCCCUGCUGCCCACCAUCUGCGUCAACUACCAACCCAUCAUCACUAAAGCUGUCCUUGGCAAAGACGACGACUUCAAAGAGUACAUUAAUAAAAACAGCAAGUUGGAGGAGAAGAUGCUGGGAGACCCCUGUCUGAAAAACCUGAAGAAAGGUGACAUCAUCCAGCUCCAGAGGCGGGGCUUCUACAUCUGUGACCAGCCCUACGAGCCAGUCAGUCCCAACAGCUGUAAGGAGAGUCCUUGUGUCCUCUUCUACAUUCCUGAUGGUCACACCAAAGACAUGCCAACUGCUGGAUCCAAAGAUAAAAGCAAGAGCCAGGCCCCCAGCAACAUCUCUGCCUCCACCACCAAAGCUCCUCCAGCAUCUGCUCCAGCUGCAGCUCCAGCUCCUGCAUCAACCUCAGCAGCUGAUGUAUUCUCCAGCAUUGUAGCACAAGGCGAAGCUGUCCGCCAACUAAAGGCUGCCAAAGCUCCUAAAGAGGACGUGGACAAGGCGGUUCAGCAGCUGCUUUCUCUAAAGGCACAGUUUAAGCAGCAAACUGGUGUUGACUACAAACCCGGCAUGGCUCCUCCCACCUCCACGCCAUCUGCACCCACCUCCACGCCAUCUGCACCCACCCCUGCAUCAGACCCCGUCUCCUGUCCGUACACCCGUGUCACCCAGCAGGGCGAGCUGGUCAGGAAGCUGAAAGCGGAGCAGGCGCCCAAGGACCAGAUCGACAGCGCAGUGAAGCAGCUCCUCGCUCUCAAGGCGGAGUUUAAAAAGUUCACUGGUCAAGAUUAUAAGCCAGGGAUGGUCACAACUGCCACCUCUGCCCCCUCCCCUGUGACCACCUCUUCCUCCUCCUCCUCUUCUUCAUCAUCUUCUGCCUCUUCUUUGGGCCUGUAUGAGCGUGUUGCACAGCAGGGGGAGGUCGUGAGGAAACUGAAGUCUGAAAAAGCCCCUAAGGACCAGAUCGACGCAGCAGUGAAACAGUUACUCACCCUGAAGGCAGAGUACAAACAGGUCACAGGCCAGGAGUACAAGCCUGGAGGAGCUCCUGCCCAGAAGACCACUGUUCCAGCUCAGAACACCCCCAGUCCUGCCUCAUCUGCUUCUGGACUCUAUGAGAAAGUUGCUGAACAGGGAGAGGUGGUCAGGAAACUGAAGGCUGAAAAAGCCCCAAAGGAUCAGGUAGAUGCUGCUGUGAAGCAGCUCUUGGCUCUGAAGGCAGAGUACAAACAGCAGACCGGACAAGAUUACAAGCCUGGGCUACAAGCCCCAGCUAGCCCAGCAGAGACCCAGGUCAGCUCUGCUUCCACCCAGUCCAGCUGUUCUCCACAGGCACAGGAACUUUACUCGAUGGUGGCUCAACAGGGAGAGCUGGUGAGGAAGCUGAAGACUGAGAAGGCCCCCAAGGACCAGGUGGACAAAGCUGUAAAGUCCCUUCUAGACCUGAAGAGCCAAUACAAGUGUGUCACUGGAGAGGACUACAAACCAGUGACUACUCCUGGAGCCACUGGAGGAGAAGACAAAAACCGCAAAGAGAGGGAGAAUAAGUCUGAGAAACAGGGAGGUGGUGGAGGAGGAGGAGGGGGGAAGAAGGGUAAAGGAGACAAAGCAGGUGCUGGUAAGGAGUCAUCAGGAGGAGGAGGAGGAGGAAGCUCAGGAGAGGGUCAAGGCCCCAAAAAACAGACACGGUUGGGCUUAGAAGCCAAGAAAGAGGACAACCUGGCUGACUGGUACUCUCAGGUCAUCACUAAAGCAGAGAUGAUUGAGUACUAUGAUGUAAGCGGCUGUUAUGUGCUGCGUCCCUGGGCCUACUCCAUCUGGGAAGCUAUUAAAGACUUCUUCGACAGGGAAAUUAAGAAACUGGGUGUGGAGAACUGCUACUUCCCCAUGUUUGUUUCUCAGGCUGCGCUGGAGAAGGAAAAGUCACACAUUGCAGACUUUGCUCCAGAGGUUGCCUGGGUAACUCGUUCAGGAAAGACUGAGCUGGCAGAGCCCAUAGCUGUCAGACCCACCAGUGAGACAGUGAUGUAUCCAGCUUAUGCUAAAUGGGUUCAGUCCCACAGAGAUCUGCCAAUCAAGCUCAACCAGUGGUGUAAUAUUGUGAGAUGGGAGUUCAAACACCCCCAACCCUUCCUGAGGACAAGAGAGUUCCUGUGGCAGGAGGGACAUACAGCAUUUGCCACAAAAGAAGAGGCAGCUGAGGAGGUGCUGCAGAUCCUGGAUCUGUAUGCCAAGGUUUAUGAAGAGCUGAUGGCCAUUCCUGUGGUGAAGGGAAGGAAGACUGAGAAGGAGAAGUUUGCAGGAGGAGAUUACACUACUACUGUGGAGGCCUUCAUCUCUGCCAGUGGCCGAGCUAUUCAGGGUGCCACAUCCCACCAUCUGGGCCAGAACUUCUCCAAGAUGUUUGAGAUUGUAUUUGAGGAUCCAAAGAGGCCGGGCGAGAAGCAGCUGGCUUUCCAGAACUCCUGGGGAAUCACAACUAGGACCAUCGGUGUCCUCACUAUGGUUCAUGGAGACAAUAUGGGACUUGUGCUCCCACCCAAAGUGGCCUGUCUGCAGGUUGUCAUCAUCCCAUGUGGGAUCACUGCAUCCUUGCCAGAGCAGGAGAAAGAGGCACUGUUGGCUCAGUGCUCUAAAUACCUUAACAGACUCCUGGAUGCUGGCAUCAGGGUGAAGGCUGACCUCCGAGACAACUACUCGCCAGGAUGGAAGUUCAACCACUGGGAGCUAAAGGGAGUUCCUAUCCGUCUGGAGGUGGGCCCCAAAGACAUGCAGCAGAAGCAGUGUGUUGCAGUGAGGAGAGACUCGGGUGCAAAGGUGACAAUCCCAGAGGCUGAGAUGGAGAAGAGGCUGGUCAGCCUGCUGGAGGACAUCCAGAACAGUUUGUUCAGGAAAGCUUCGGAUGAUUUGAAGACUCACAUGGUGGCUGCAGACACAAUGGAACAGUUCCAGAAAGAGUUGGACGAGGGAAAAAUUGUCCAGAUUCCGUUUUGUGGAGGAAUUGAAUGUGAGGACUGGAUCAAGAAAACCACUGCCAAGGACCAGGACCUGGAGGCUGGCGCUCCAUCCAUGGGAGCCAAGAGCCUUUGUAUCCCCUUCUCUCCUUUGAAGACCCUGCAGCCUGGCCAGAUGUGUGUUAGUGGCAAGGAGCCUGCGCAGUACUACACUCUGUUUGGACGCAGCUACUGAAAACCUGCUCCUCCUGGAUGAACAUCUUGGUAGAAAAGGGCUUUCCCACCUCCCAGUUCUAACCUAUUUGUUCUUUUCUAAUCUAAUGUUGGUGUUUAACCUAACCAAGGUAUAUGAUCUGUAAGGUCCAGAAUGGGGAAUAUGUACUUCACUAUUUUUUUAAAACAUGUUAACAUUGAUGCAAUGCACUUGGAAGGAAGUGGAGGUGAGAGAAAUAGUUUACUCUUGGAAUUCUGUAAUUGUCUGUUAUCACCUUUCAAUAAGCUGACCACUCUAAAUGUCAUCUGUGUCAGAAGAAUACUUCCCAGAAGCAUUAAAGGGAUGCACAUUUUUACCUGUUAGGCAGACUCCUGCAGUCUUGAAUAUACCUAAAAUAAUAGUUUGGGUAAUAAUAUAUAAAUAAAGUAGCUUUUGGCUUUUUGGAAUCUUGGAAGAACUCCCCCAAAAUGAGUAUAGAUAAAAAAAUAUCUUGAAUAUUUUACUGUCUGUUACAGUCUUUGUUAACGGUUCCAUCUCACAGCCAAACUGUCUCAGGAACUCUACAGGUACUCUUACUUGCAGUCAAAGUAAAGUCUUUACAACUUUGUCAGCUCUGCUGUGUGCCUGGUUGUAUUGUGUGGCUCAUGGUGACAUCCAAGAGCUACAUUAUGUACCCCUGUAAUGAACGAAGUUAAUUUAGUAAUGUAGCCACCUGUCACUUCUCUCCCACAAAAGAACUCUGCAGCCUGUGUAUAAUAAAGUAAUUUCCAAGGCAAA